CGAGUAGAAAAUAAUAAAAGGCCUCGACAUCUUUUUUAUUUGUAGGCUUCAGACCCCUUUCAUUGUAAAUUUGAGUAGUAAUCAUGAUUGUAAAAUGUUUAACUCUUUAAUGUUUUGGGGAACUAAAACUGAUGUUGAUUACAUGCAUGCACAUUAUUGCAUGGGAACAGGUGUUUACAAUUUGCAUUUUCAUGAAAACGAAUCCAUCCUUCAAAUAACAUUAAUUGCUUUUUUCCCCUUUUCGCUGUUUAACUGUUUGCUUGGUGUACGUCUGUAUGUCGACUAACGAAAACCAACCGGGUUGGUUAACUAAAAAUCAAGUUUGUCUUGGAAGGAAUUCUGACAACCAGCGAGUGUCAUAGCGUGCUUAACACAAACUAAAUAGAAAGAUGGCUUCUAGAAUGAAAUAAGAAUAGUACUGACUAAGGAUUAAUACUUGGGAAGAUAACAAAAGAUGAGGAAAAGCUUUUUACAAGUAAGCCAAUUCAGGUAGCCCUUCCGAAAAGCGAGAUGCUAUGAAAUUAUUUCGUACAUGCUUUCGAAGAAAAUAAUUAAACACUGUCUCUGCGGAAUUGUACACAUAUGCCAACGCUUGUGACAUGGGACUGUCUUUUGGAAUAUAAAUAUUUAAAGUAAAUCAUUGGAACCAGACUACCAAUUGCCCGCCUAUCGCAUAUAGCUAGUCGCUGGGAGCUUUUCAUGACAUGUCAUUCAAAGUAAGAUAUAGACACUUUACAAGGGAACGACAAAGAAAUAUACAAAUAAACGAUGAAAAAGGUUUAAAAGGCACUGAAUAGGAAAUUUAAUGAUACAGAGAAUAUUAUACAGAAAAAAAUAAAAAUUAUUUCAAUCACAAUCAAACUACUAGCGGCUAGCACCUAUUUACUUUAUUUUAUUUACAUAUUUGUUUUUCUUUGGCUUCCAGGUGGUCUUUCGGAAUUGUACGUUUUUCAUUUAACCCUUGUGCGAUCGAUGUUCACGACCUAACUAAAUAAGCAAAUGAUGAAAACGAAAUUUAAUGAGUCUGUUGUACAGGGAGGAUUCCUUGCCGAAAAUUCUUCAAUUUCUACAAACUCCAACACGGUGGCAAUGCAGCAUUCCGAAUCAGUGACAUUUGAUUUGAGAGCGCUCAAACUAACUCUCUACGCAAUUAUCUUCUUUGCAAGUGCAGUCGGUAAUUCUCUUGUCUGCACAGUUAUUUUACGAAGGAAAAAGAUGAAGACGGUCACAAACUACUUCAUAUUGAACCUAGCCAUUGCGGACUUGGCUUUGAAUUGCAUCUGUAUUCCGUUCGAUAUUCCCGUGCAAGAAAUGAACCGCAAAUGGCCAUAUGGGGCGCUGCUGUGUAAAGUUAUAUACCCACUGCAGACGUUGGCACUUUUUGCAUCCAUAUACACCCUAACGGCUGUCAGCUUAUCGCGUUACUGGGCAAUAAACCGCCCACUUCGUCAGCAGCUUACCAUCAAAAACGCCAAAUGGAUCAUCUUCGGAAUAUGGAUUGCGUCGCUGAUUUCGGUCACACCGUACAUGAGCGUCUUGAAAAAGGACGGUGAAACAGACAUGUGCGAAGAGGACUGGUCGAGCAAAAGUGCAAGAAAAACCUAUACAGCUUCCCUGUUCGUGUUCCAGUACUUGCUUCCACUAACUGUCAUUGCGGGCGCAUACGUCAGCAUUGGAUGGGAGCUUGCACGGCGCACAAAAAACGGGAACGGCUACCUGCAGGAUCUCCAAGCGAACGAGGAGAAGAAAGUAGUGCGCAUGCUUAAAGUAGUAACGCUGAUGUUUGCAGUGUGUGUUUUGCCAACCAACGUUAUGUGGCUUUGGCUGGACUUUGGCAACGCNUAUGAUUAUGAUUAUGAUUAUGAUUAUGAUUAUGAUUACUAUCAGACAAAUAAGCAAAUGAUGAAAACGAAAUUUAAUGAGUCUGUUGUACAGGGAGGAUUCCUUGCCGAAAAUUCUUCAAUUUCUACAAACUCCAACACGGUGGCAAUGCAGCAUUCCGAAUCAGUGACAUUUGAUUUGAGAGCGCUCAAACUAACUCUCUACGCAAUUAUCUUCUUUGCAAGUGCAGUCGGUAAUUCUCUUGUCUGCACAGUUAUUUUACGAAGGAAAAAGAUGAAGACGGUCACAAACUACUUCAUAUUGAACCUAGCCAUUGCGGACUUGGCUUUGAAUUGCAUCUGUAUUCCGUUCGAUAUUCCCGUGCAAGAAAUGAACCGCAAAUGGCCAUAUGGGGCGCUGCUGUGUAAAGUUAUAUACCCACUGCAGACGUUGGCACUUUUUGCAUCCAUAUACACCCUAACGGCUGUCAGCUUAUCGCGUUACUGGGCAAUAAACCGCCCACUUCGUCAGCAGCUUACCAUCAAAAACGCCAAAUGGAUCAUCUUCGGAAUAUGGAUUGCGUCGCUGAUUUCGGUCACACCGUACAUGAGCGUCUUGAAAAAGGACGGUGAAACAGACAUGUGCGAAGAGGACUGGUCGAGCAAAAGUGCAAGAAAAACCUAUACAGCUUCCCUGUUCGUGUUCCAGUACUUGCUUCCACUAACUGUCAUUGCGGGCGCAUACGUCAGCAUUGGAUGGGAGCUUGCACGGCGCACAAAAAACGGGAACGGCUACCUGCAGGAUCUCCAAGCGAACGAGGAGAAGAAAGUAGUGCGCAUGCUUAAAGUAGUAACGCUGAUGUUUGCAGUGUGUGUUUUGCCAACCAACGUUAUGUGGCUUUGGCUGGACUUUGGCAACGCUGCUCAAUACGAUAAAUUCUGGGAACUUGUCGCAUUCUCCAACAUAAUAACGUUUGCAAACAGCGCAGCCAAUCCAAUUUGCUAUACGAUCCUGAACGAAAGCUAUCGCAAUGCGUUCAAAGAUCAUCUGUCCAAGAUAUUUUGCAAGAUCUCCAGAAGUUCUACUUGGGUUCAAAUAGAACUUGUGGACAAUGCUACAAGCCAAAAGAAAAGUCGAAGGGCUAAAAUGAGUUCUACUCUGUUAUGAACAUAAAAGGGCCUUUUUCUUCCCUUUUCGUUCACCCUGAUCUGAAAUUUUCACAUUUGUAAAAUAUAUUUAACAUAAUCUAUUGGCAUUUCAUGACUGUCGAGGGAAGAAGUGCUAUAAAAGUUAUAGGACUUUCGUUUGAGUUGUAAGUCUAUGUAAUCGCAUGGGCCCUUGGGCAAUUAAGGAUUAAUUUCACGCGUAUUUUCAAUGUUUUCACAAAAUUGCCCGAGUCGCAAAGCGACGAAGACAUUGAAAAAACUUUGAAAAUACCAAUGAAAUUAAUCCUUAAUUGCCCGAGGGUACUGGCGUUUACUUGUUUAUCACAUAAAAGGGCAAAAUUCUGUUCAAAGGAAAACUUUCAAGGUCUUGCCGUUACGUAAACAGGUUCGCCGGUUUUCAUAAAGAACAGGCUAGCAGUAGAACGGGAGAAGCCUACUAUUAUAGUAAGCAAAACACAGCAAGUUCAAUUCACUCCAAGCAAUUUCUUUUCAAAUAAAACUUUAAGCAAUCUAAUUUUAUUCACCUCUUUUGCGAAGCUUGCAACGGCGUGAAACUUCUUCAUCGAUCGAUGAAAGACGUAAACAAGUGUCCAAACGAGGUCUAACAACUUCUUGAAUCCAAAACUCAAUCGCCUUUCCACUGCGACUUAACUUACCAGCAAAAUUUACGCUGUUUUUUGCGCCAGUAAGGCAACCUGUGAUACUAAUGAGGCAACCCGAAGCGAAACGAAGAAAUUAACGUUCAGUUUGGCGGUCGUGAAGCUCUGUAACCCUAUGCUUCGUGCGACACCGGCCAUCCCAACUCAGGCUGGGAAUCCAUGCAUUUUUUGGAUGGAAAAUCCUUUGCUUUUCCACCAAAAGACUGCGCUUUGCUGCAUGUCGAUGUUCUUUCUCCUUAUGAUGAAAUAAACCCCCUCAGAAGCGAUACGUUUCUGAAAUAUUAAUUCCUUUUCAAAAUCCGUUUGAAGCGAGAAACCAACUUGAUGCAGGCGCGCUCAGCCAAUCAGCAUCAAGUAAUCAUGCCCUCUUUGUGCCCUCGUGAUCGAGGAAUAAAAAUGCCCUCUGUCUCAGCCAAUCAGCAUUCAGUAAUUUUUGUCCCGUAUGUGAUAAAUAUAUAUAUAUAUUGUUUACACAUGAUUUUAAAGCGUUUUACCGUUUUUAAUGUUUUGAAGAAAUUGCGAUAUUAACUAUAUGCACGUUACUGAUAAUGACAGGUGUUUACAAAUUGUGUUUUCAUAUCAACAAAGCCGUCUUUUAGUUAACGAUGACUAUUAAUUUUUUUAAUUUUUUUCUCUCUUUUAUUAGUUUAUGUAUUGUGGUCGAAUAACGAAGCCGACCGCGUAGCCUUACUAAAAAUCAGUUUCAACCUGAAAGGAAUUCUGACAACCAGUGAGUCAGUAGCGUGCUCACCACAUACGCGGAAUGAGAUAUGGUUCAUAGAAGGAAAUGGAGAGCGUGUCGACUUAUCAAGCCUAUUGUGCUUCUGAGGAAAUACCAAAAGACAAAUACGGGAAAAAAUUUCCACAAGCCAUCCAGUUCAGACAGCUUGUCGAGAAGAGCAAGAUACUAUAAACUUAUAACUUCAGUCUUUUUUUUUUUAAGAUUAGAGUAAUUAGACACUGCGAAUGGGGAAAUACAUUUCAACCCUUUCGGCAUGAGAUGAACGUCUUUCGGAACAUAAAUAUUUAAGCUAAACCGAUGGAACUAGACUGUCACUUAGCCAAAUUUAGCAUUUAAAUGAAAUCUUCCGUGCAAGGAACAACAAUUGUGGGCUCAGAUCAUUGUUGUGUUUACUAUCGCUGUGGCAAUUAAUUAGUAAAUUUUGUGUGCUACCCGACAUGAAUGAGGAUAAAGGGCUAGAUGCGCCACGUUUUUAGAAGCUUUUUCGUUUCAUCACUCACCUGCAGGCGGACAUUCAGGCUAAUUUGCUCAAAAUUGUGUAGUUUCUCUUUUUAAUGCAUCCGCGUUUUAACGGAAAAUUAAAAUUCAAAGCGGCAACUCUGUAAAUAUAGUAUUCUGUCGCUCUUCUUGAAGUAAAAAAAAAAAAAGAGUUGUUAAAAAGCAUAGAGACAUCUCUGUAAAUAUAGUAUUAUGUCGGUCUCUUUUGAGGGUAGAAAAAAGUCUUUAAGUAAUAUUAAAAUUUAAAGAGGCAGCUCUGAAAAUAUAGCAUUUUCUUUCUCUAUUAUUUCCAUUUUUUUUACUUAUAACGAAGAAACAUCUUUGUCGUCUAGAAGUACAUGUAACUGUGUUACCUUUGUAGUCAUAACAACCCACUCUUUCAUAAGGUACAAAUUAGUAAACUCUUACAAGAUGAUAAUUGAAUUGACAUAAUUGAUAUGAAGUUUCACAAGACAUGCGCAAUCACCUGUGUCAAUUUAAAGUGUUUAAAAGAUAAGACGGCAGGGAUAUUGUUACGCCACGAAUCUGCAAGAGAAUCGUCAAAGGAAGGUUUAAGAGCGCGUCGAUGUAAUCCACAACGGUUAAGUUGCAGAGAAAAGGUAGGACUGUGAAGCUUAAGUAAUUGUGUCUUUGGUUGCCGACGUGAUGUUGAAUGCAAAGCUACAUGUAUGAAGUGGCCAAAAUUGAGUCUUAAGUAACAUGGACUAGCUGUAUCGCGUCUAAACUAGAAGUACAAGUAGUAGUAUUAAUAUUAAAUAAUGCCGUGUUCUUGAACAUAUAAAUGAUAAGAGAAGUUAGACUUUGAAAUGAACAUUCUAAAGCUUUGGGUUUAUGAGAGUUUUGUGUUUCAUGAUCGUUGUCUAAAAGCAAUCUUUAAUGCGGUCCUUUGGAGCCUUCUCCCUUGAGGGGUAUUUGAAUAGACAUUUCGCAUUAUUGUUCAGACUUUUUCUAAAAGGGACUGUGGUUUAAUCAUCGAUAUGGUGGACAGGUGUGAAAAAAAGACAUUUAGCUUGAAAAAGGAAGAGUUUACAUUUUUGGUAGUAUGCUAAAUAUCCUGGGAACCAAGAGUAUAUUUACCUCGGUACUUGAAAUAAACGGUAUUAGCCAAUCAUGAUAAACGAAAACCUGUUAACUAAAUUGAAAAUGAUAUUAGUGUAUAAAGAAAACCGACCUUGUCAUAUGCAAAUAUAAUUAUUGCUUGUAAUGACUGCUGAUAUGUUUUUAUUGGGUACAAAGAAAACAGUAUUAACCUGUCCUUUCACCUAUGAACAAAAUAUUAGCCUGAAGAAGAUAAUGCCAAAAAAGAAGAC